AUGGCAGCAGAAAUGAAGACGGCGAGGAGGGCACCCGCGAAGUUCAUGAAGCCAGACAGAGAUCCAGCUGCAUUGAAAACGGGCGAAACUCCCUCUCCGCUACCGUUGCUAGGGCGUGGCGUCUGGCUGAUCGGGUGUACGCCUCCGGAUCCAGCAGCAGCUCCCUUUGAGGUAGCAGCAGAAGUCUCAACGGCGGCAACGGGAGUUUCAACAGGCGUUGUCAUCGCAACGGUAGAAAUAGGCUUGGUCAGGGUCACUGUCGUGGGUGUCGCAGCACAGUGCGUGCAAACGGUCACGGUGGUGGUCCAGCCCUCAGGGACCGAAGCAGAUGUGGUCGCUGCUCCUGUGGCCGGCCCGGUCACGCUAGCAGUAGCCUCGGGGCACCAAGUUGUCGUGAGCGUAGUCGUGAGCGUGAUCGUGGUGAAGCCGGUAGGACAGAUGUCGGUGUACGAUGUGACGAUAACUGUGGUUAUGACCUCACCGGACGCGACAGUGGAAGUAGUCAUCUGGGGGCCGCCGGUGACAACGGAGGUGUUGGUAACAACGGGGGUACCGGUGACGGUAGAGCUGCCAGACGAAGAAGAUCCAGUUGCAGAAACACCGGUAGAUGAAGCAGUGCUGCCUUGGGUGGAAGAAGACUCAGAGUUGCCUGAAGUGGACGAGGUCUCCUUAGAGACAGAACCGCUCGACGAGCUUGUGGCGGAGUUCGGUGCAGAGCUGGAAACAGCGCUCGAAGGAAGCACACUCGAGGGGGCCGCACUUGAAGGAGCAGCGCUGGACGGGGCGACACUUGAAGAAAUGAUGCUUGACGGAGCAGCGCUUGAGGGAAUCGCGCUUGAGGGGGUAACACUAGAUGGGGCAACGCUGGACGGAGCAAUACUGGACGGAGCAACGCUGGAAGGAGCAACACUGGAAGGAGCAAUGCUGGAGGGAGCGACGCUGGAGGGAGCAACGCUGGAGGGAGCGACGCUGGAGGGAGCAACGCUGGAGGGAGCGACGCUGGAGGGAGCAACGCUGGAGGGAGCGACGCUGGAGGGAGCAACGCUGGAGGGAGCGACGCUGGAAGGAGCAACGCUGGAAGGAGCAAUGCUGGACGGAGCGACGCUGGAGGGAGCAACGCUGGAGGGAGCGACGCUGGAGGGAGCAGCACUGGAGGGAGCAACACUGGAGGGAGCAACACUGGAGGGAGCAACACUGGAGGGAAUCACGCUCGAGGGGGCGACACUAGACGGGGCAACGCUGGAGGGAGCGACGCUGGAGGGAGCAACACUGGAGGGAGCAACACUGGAGGGAGCAACACUGGAGGGAGCAACACUGGAGGGAGCAACACUGGAGGGAGCAACACUGGAGGGAAUCACGCUCGAGGGGGCGACACUAGACGGGGCAAUGCUGGAGGGAGCGACGCUGGAGGGAGCAACACUGGAGGGAGCAACACUGGAGGGAGCAACACUGGAGGGAGCAACACUGGAGGGAAUCACGCUCGAGGGGGCGACACUAGACGGGGCAACGCUGGAGGGAGCAACACUGGAGGGAGCAACACUGGAGGGAAUCACGCUCGAGGGGGCGACACUAGACGGGGCAAUGCUGGAGGGAGCGACGCUGGACGGAGCGACGCUGGACGGAGCGACGCUGGACGGAGCGACGCUGGACGGAGCAACGCUGGACGGAGCAACGCUGGACGGAGCAACGCUGGACGGAGCAACGCUGGACGGAGCAACGCUGGACGGAGCAACGGAGCUAACAGGCGAUGAGGUUGGCUUCGUCGUAGGAAAGAUACUUCAUAUUCUGAGUGUAGUCAAAGCCCAAACUGUCGACAUUGCCCUCAGCGGCGGUAGCCUCCCACAACAUUAUACCACCGAAAUGGUGAGGAUAGAGGGCCAUAUAGACGAGCAGAAUAGCCUUCACCUCCGCGGGCUCGAGAUAAUACGAAGCGCCCGCUGCAUCUUUAGAAGCUGGGAGACCUAUGAAAAGCUUUGUGUGAGGGUUGGCACUUUCCUUGAUGACCUGGAUCCAACUGGCGAAGUUGAAACCACCAUCGAAGUAGUCCGAUGCCGAGCAACCUGCCGUGUUAUAAAACUGGACCCAAAUGAAAUCGAACACAGAGUUGGCAAUAGCAUCGCUGAGCUGCUGAUCCGGAAUACUGCACUGAGGCGCAGCAGAGAUAUAGAAGGUCUCAUCGGGGAAGUCGGCGAACCAGGUGGCUACAUCGUCAUCCUGGAGUUUUUCAUUGGGAGAGUCACCUCCAACCGAGAGCAUGAUAGUCUUUCCAUACUGUUUACAGAUUGGGAGGUCCUCCCAGAUCUGGUGGCAGCCGCUGAGCAAAUGAGUGCCGUUGUAUACCGUACCGUCACAUUGAUUGCCAAAGUUCGAGCCAGGCCAGGCACCCACGGCAGAAGGCAAGACGUUGAUGAAUCCAAUGUUGAUGAUGUCUGA